AUGCAUACCAUUCGGACCAUUGGAUCCGGAGUUGGCACAGUCCAUGAUGCAGGCCUUAUGGAUGCACACAAACAUUCCUACGUCAUUCCUGAGCUCGUGGCUCCAAACUUGAAAACUUUAUCCAUCAAUGCACCGCUGGAUAGGAAAUUCUCCUCGACCAUUGGUGUUGCUAUACGGUCAUUGACUCUAUUUGGCAGAAUUCACAAAUCCACAGCAGAAGGAUCCAUGCAAACGAUAGACCAGCUUUUGACUAGCAAUGAUGAACCCUCCGAGGAGCAAGUCCACGAAGUGCGACGACUGUUGAUGGACCCUAAACAAGAGGCUGAAUACCUUGAUGCGGAGAUCCAAAAAGCAAGAAGUCUCCUCCAGGAACUGGAAGAGAAACGAACAAAGGCCGGGGGAACCAUUCGACGCUAUGAAGCCAUCUUGUCUCCAAUCCGUCGUGUUCCUCCAGAUGUUCUUCGCGUUGUGUUCCUUUACUGUCUCGUAACCCAUCGGAACCCUGCAAUAUCAAUAAAGGAGGCACCUCUGCUUUUGACUCACGUAUGCAGCUCGUGGAGGACCCUCGCUCUGAACACACCAGCUCUGUGGGCCCGGAUACAUAUCUCGUUCACGAAUCAGGACCUGUUGCCAGAGAUUUUGGAAAAAGAGGGACAGUUCGAGGGUGGUGCUUGUGCAGUUCCUCAAAUUCCAAGAUAUAGGAUAACUGAGAUACUGCGGAUCCGCUGCGAGGCAGUGGAAGAAUGGCUUCGCCGGAUACUUAUUUCCCAAGAGUUUGGACAGCAGGGCGCUCUCUGGGAGAUCUUCCCGGGGUUCAGCCUCGCAGCUCCAAAUAUGAAAAUAUUGUCUGCUCAUACAAGCUGCGUCGGUCUGAGAAAACUUCUAUCUCCGUGGCCAACUGCUCUUACUCACAUAUCAAUCGACUCAGCAAUAUCUACGAAACAAGCGGCGUUUGUUCUUCAGAGAUCUCCUCAGCUUGUACACGUCAAAAUGUGUAUAAAUCCGCUAGAACAUUACUCGGAAGGGAUGUUGGAAACCAUCCUGACCCAGGAAACAUAUCUUCCUGAACUUCGUACAUUCCUCAUCAAGGACUUUUUAUCCACCUCCCCAUGCACUGAAGACUUUUACGACAAAAUUAUUGCUCCCAAUCUUUCAUAUAUUUCAUUUUGGGCGCCACGGCCGGCCCUUUAUGUUGACACCCAUGGUGGCGACCAUAGUCGUCCGCUUACACCACUUCGGGGGCUCCUCCUGAAGUCCAUUCACCUCAAAACACUGGUGCUCAGCGUGGACCGGUACACAUGUGCAGAAAUUUCCGAACUUCUGCGAAGCGCCACUACAGUCACGCACCUCGUUUAUAGAGCUCCGAAGCUCAUGUAUGAUUCGGAAUGGGGAUGUCCGUCCAACUCGGCGCACGAAGCUUAUUCAUAUCCUAAGUGGAAAUUUACAUCCGUAUUUCUCUCUGACAGUGACAAGGAAUUGCUUCUGCUUCCAAACCUGGAGAAGAUUGAGAUUGACUCAGACGACAAAGUCCCUUAUGUAACGGAUCAAGAAAUAAUCCAGUUUGUAAUCAACAGAUUGGACCCCUCGCCUUCUAGUAAUUUCUCAAUACUCAAGGAUGUAAAGAUGAAAUACUCCCAAAGAACAACCAUGGAUGUUAUAAAACAGAUUUCGGAGCACGCGAGGGAGGUUGGUGUUCCCAUGAACGAUAUAAAACUCGAUUUAAAGGCCUAUAGAACGAGGCGUGAAAACGCACCAGCGCCUACGAGCACAAACUUCGGACUGAAGGAACAAUCCAAAGCAUGGGAUCAACGUUGCGUCGAAGAACAAGUCAGUAGUCAGUAUUCUGAACAUCUUCCUAUGCUUCAGAGCUCCUGUCUCGCCCAAAGACUGAUAUAA